AUGCAGUUAGGAGAAUGGACGACGUCAGUAACAGUGGUACAGAGAAUGAGUGUGAAUUAGACACGGAGUUUAUAGCCAAUGAGUCAGCAGAAGGUGGCCAUCGGAGGAGGUGGAGAUGGAAAAGAUCAUCUGCUUCCUACUCUGCGGCCCCCCGCGACAGGGGAUAUGUGGUUUACGUGUGUAUGGUGUUAGCAGGGGCUGGAUUUCUCUUCCCCUGGAGCUCUUACAUCACUGCCAUCGACUACUUCUUUUUCCUCUACCGGAGGGAUUUCCCUCAGGUGUCUGUGGCAAUUCCAAUGACAUACCUGGUGUCAACAUGGAUCUUCACUGGAGUCAAUGUCUCUCUGGUGACUGCAGUUCCUCUGCAUGCCCGGAUUGGGCUCGGUUAUGUGCUCUUCCUCCUGUCUCUCAUUGCAAUACCGUUCAUUGAUCUGAUGGUGCACAGCUGCGUCCUCUCCAUUCAUGCUGCCUACUACCUCACCAUCUUCUCUAUUGCUGUAGUUGGCGUAGGCUCUGGAGUUCAACAGUCCAGCUACUACGGUCUAGCUGGGAUGUUGCCUCCACGUUACCCACAAGCAGUCAUGGUUGGGGAAAGUGUAGCGACUUCAAUUGUUUCAAUCACGAGAGUCAUCACCAAAUCUUCCACAACCAGCGAGCGGUUUGGAGCAAUUGCCUUCUUUGUGGUGUCCGUCUUUUUCAUCUUGGUGUGUGUGGGCUGCCAGCAGAUCAUCCGCAGCAGCUCUUUUGUCAAGAGCCACACACUGCAGUGCAGGCAAAGCUCUGAGCAUGACAAAGGAGGAGGGGAAAUGGAGCGGGUGAGUGACGGUGAGGAGGAGGCAGGGGACCAACUCAAGCUACUGCCAGUGGACACAAAGCAGAGCUCUGUCAAAGCCAAAAUCAAAGGUGAAUAGAGAAAAGUUUGUUUUUGCACGAGUGGAGCAUGCUAAACUCUCUAGCUGGCCUGCUCCUGCGAUGGGGAGUGGUGGUGGAAAUCUGGCAGUUGUUGGUGGCUGUGUUUGUAUCCUUCUUCCUAACUCUGCUCCUGUUCCCUGGACUGGUGUCUCUUGUACAGUACUGUCCCACUGGAGACUGGACUCCCAUCCUCCUUGUCGCCGUCUUCAAUGUCCCAGAACUGAUCGCUAAGUGGGUAGCUCUUCUCCCCCUCCGCUGGUCAUCAACUGGGCUAAUGACAGGAGCUCUCCUCAGAUUUCUCCUUGUACCGCCCAUUCUCCUGCUGGUCUCUCCAUCUCCCUCCCAACCAGUCAUAAGCUCUGGUACUUUGGUUUGGGCUAUCUUACUGGUAGCUCUACUGGGGUUCUCCAGUGGCUACUUUGGUUCUCUACCAAUGAUAGUCUUUUCUCGCCAGGUGAAGAAUGCCCAGCAUCUGGAGCUUGCAGGAACCAUUAUGACAUAUUCCUUGCUGACUGGUCUGAUGCUGGGCUCUGUUCUGGCAUAUUCCCUCACUCCUCUCACCUCUAUCGCCUCACAUUCUCCCUGUUCUUCCAAUGUCACUGAACUUUUCAACUCAUGCUCUCCUAAUGCUACAUACUUAUAACGAUAUAUAGUCCCUCUGCUCUGUCUGGCCUUUUAAUCAACAACCCAACAGAUGUAUAAUUGGUGAGCGGGAGCGAGCCAACCUAGUGGUACGAACGGCGCGAUUUUCCGUCGUCGUACGUCGUGUAGAGUAUAGGUGGGUAUCAUGAGACAGGGGGUAUUAUGAGACACUCGCUCAAAUCGAAGCAAAACUCACCCAAACUGUUCUGAGAGCGGUACUAAGUACGGAUCUCAUCUCACUGAAAUGUCGUGUGUAAAUAUUAAUGGUUUAUGCCUUUUUUUACUAUGAUCUCAUCUCACUGAAAUGUCGUGUGUAAAUAUUAAUGGUGUAUGCCUUUUUUUACUAU